GGAGGAGGACCACGGCACACGGGUGGCGGCGGGCGCCUGCAGGGCAGCGGGAGAGGCUGCCGCCGAAGAGCGCGAUGCGCCGUCGUGCCGCCUUAGCGGCCGUCGUCGCUACCCGCCGGCAGCAGCAGGCUCGCUGACGACGGUCCGCAGCACCCAGCGGCCAUGAGUCGGGCACGGCUCCCCGAGUGCCACGGGGCCGCCGUCGGCCCGGGGUUCCCGCCCCGGGGCGGUGACGAACGAGACCGCCGCCAGCCGUCGCUGCUCGAACAGGAGCUGAUCGAGUGCCUUCGCGAGCAGCUGCCCCGAGUGCGGCGCGGAGACGCCUUCGCGCCGGAGGUCGUGCUCGAGUUCGUGCGCAGCAUCACCGAGCUGCAGGGCGACGACUUCAAGGAGCGCGGCGCGCCGCCGGAGCGCCCUCCGGCGGAGGCGACGCAGACCCGCGAAGGCAAGCACAUCCUGGACUUGUCCCUGGAGGCCCUCAACUGCGACCCCGUGCCGGUGCUGCUGCCGCUGGUGGUGAGCCCGAGGGGCGCCAGCGACACUGCGGUCGCCAACUCGAACGGCUCGUGGAAGCUGGACCAGCGCCGAUGCUCGGCCGAGAACGCCCAGCGCCGCUUGCGGCUUCGCUCGCAGCCGAGUUCCGAGGGCGACCACGAGAGGGCCGUGAUUGCCGAAGCGCUGAAGGACAUUCGACGGCGCCUCGACCCGUCCCCUCAGGAAUCGUCAGAAGAGACGCCCGGUCCUAGCGAGCUCGAAGAGCUCAUGGAGGACAGCUCGCUCGCGACCACAUCCGAGGAUACGUCAUCGUCCCAAGACAACACUGGAGAGAAGGGCGGCGACUCCACCAGUGCAGAAACCACGGAGGUGACAGAGCAGCUAGACAUCGAGGACUCCUCCGAGGAACAGUCAGCAGCCAGCGCCAAGGACUUGUGCCCCACCUUCCCAGCAGCAGCCAACUACGACGUCCUCUCGUCAGCCGUGUCGUGCCUCGAUCCGGUGGUUGACCACGUGGAGCCUUUGUACACCAUGAGGAACGUGUACCAGAACAUCGCGCAAGCCUACGACACUGUGUUCGGCUCCGCGCAGGUCGACGCAGAAGUACCGCUGUUCCUAGACGAGAACCCGAAACAGCCGGCCGACAGCUGCUCGGCCUGCUACGACUUCACGAACCACGAGUACCUCACCCACCACGAGAGGCUUCCGGGAGGCGCGUUCGAGCGAUUCAUUUCUUCCAGUCACCAGAGCGACGCCGACGUCAAACAGCAGACGGUACCACGGGUGCCGGACCUCCUGUGCGGUGACGACUGCCACUUCCAGUCGCCGCAAGUUGUUCAGCAGUUUCAGCAGGUGCCCCUGAACGCGGAACUGCAUGUUGCCGUUCAACAGCCCGACGGUGUGAGCGGCAGCUCAAUGAUACCCAGCGUGGACGAGAAAUCCUUCAUCAAUUUUCUUUUCUCCACCUUGUCCAACGACGACGCCGAAGGCAGGGCCGGACAGCUGGACCCGUUCCAAAUCAACUCCAACGUGGGCUUCCUGAAUGAAAACGCGGACGCUUUCAGCAGCCACGUCUCUCCCGCCGUCAUCGCCGACUACAACAACAACGUCUUCGGUUUCCACGACAACAUGCCGGGUUACCAGGAACUGGCCACCAUCGACGAAACCGAGAGACAGGCCGAGGUUUCUGGCGAAACGCAGGUUGGCUCUACGAUGCGCAAGUUUUCCGAACCCACAGAGAACUCGACUUCGGCCACUUCGACGGAGACGAGCUGUGCCAGGAACACUCCGGCUUCACCCCGGCCCUAUCAGCCAACGUUCGAAAAGGAAAUUCGCAUGACGGGGGCCCAGGUGUUUCAAGUCGAGCUUUCCAACAUGGCGCCGGAGUUCCUUCAGUUGCUGCAGGACAAGAAUGACGACGUGAACGCCGAGAAGGGACACGUCCUUGCUCUAUCGACGAGAAUCUGUGACGUCCUUUCUACCGAACCCGAACGCAACUACGACCUGCUCAAGUCUUCGCCCGAGCGCUGCUCCUGGGCCAAGGCGAGGACUCCGUUCUCCGACGCCAACGCCCUCGCGCCGGCGGCGGAGAUGAUUCCCGUCGCCGAAGAGGCGCUCAAGUUACGACGUCGAAACGGACGCAAUUUCUUCUCAGACGGCCACGUUCUCGGCGAUGCCAUCAGCGGCGGCCAAGCGAAGCACCAAGAACACGUUUUGGACAGGCCCAAGCUCACAUCCUGGCCCCUUAAGCCAGCGUUCAUCACGGACAAGGACUGGAUAAGGCGGUUCGCUCCUCUCAGGCCCAUGUUCGUCAGGGAACAGCGGCAACCCAAGCAGCCACCUCCGCUGAAGCCCGUGUUUCUCGGGCCACAGCAACAACAGCGGCAUCUUCACGACUGGACAGACAGCGACACCGCGGCUAGGCCCUCAGUGGACGGCAGCCUUGGGUGGGCCAAUAACGUUCGCCUACCACCAACCGCGCCCAGCUGCCUCACCGACGACGAGGUGAACACCGAGGACAUUGUCUCGGGCCUGAGGGAGGACACGGCCAUACUCAAGCCGCUGCUCUUGGAGUCUCGAAACCCGAUACGCCAGCAGCUAAUGACGACGGAAUCGAGUUCCAGCGACGACAACAACUCGGACCUCCUAGGACCCUUCGGCACCUCGUCUAGCGACGACAACAAUGAUUCCUGCACUGCCACAUCACUCAACGCCAGCGAAGAGGGCGAAGACUCGGCAAGGACGUCGACCACCGCGACUUCCGCGCCCCCACCGCAGCAUCGGAGUCUCCACCACGCCACGUUCGGCGUUUACGAGAACAACGACCUGAGCCCUGACGAGCCGCAGGCCGAGCUGCUGGCGCCGCUCCCCGCUGGAGGAGUCAUGACCUGGCGCACGUCCUGCAGCGCGCCCUCGGCUACGGACGAGGCCGAGUUUGACGGAUCCGUGCCGCUCUUUGACUGCGCGUCGGCGGCGAGCGAAGAGACGGCCGAGGUCGGUGGAUUCAACGAGGUCUACCCGGGCUCGACCAAGAAGACCAUCACCAUCCGCGCCAUGAUGCCCACCAUCGACGAGGAAGAUCAGGAGUAAGAAACGCGCUGUGCCGGGUGAAGCACACAUUCCCAGAAAUCUUACAAGCUCGGCUGAAGAAACCCUGUGUUCCGAUUCGAGAAAAGUGUCACUCCACUGCGUGUGAACGGUGAACGCAGUUGCGACCGUCGUGGUCAUCGGGCGGAGGUAAAAACGUUCCAAGACCAUUCCAUUCGGCUGAAGGAAUCCUGCGUGCCAAAACGAGAAAGUGUCACUGAUUCUUGAGAGUAAAUGAAGAACCUGAUUGUCUUGGUGCUCACGUUCUACAGAAGGCCGAGUGCCUGCACGCCACCACGCGAGCUCUCUUUAAUCGGCAGUGGACUACCAAAUUUCGGGAUGCAGAUUGAUCGAUCGGUGGACAAGUGGCGUGCAAAAAUGUACCAGCAGUGAAAGUGUCACUCGGAGAAUAUGCUGUUUUACGCUGACAACCUAAACGCAGCGGAACACUGCACAAAAUUGCGAAGUCGCUCAACGGUGGUCGCUCUCUGUAGUUGCUAUUAAAAUUUCGUGAAAAAGUAUUUUUUGCUCUCGUUGCUGUCGGUCCCUGUAUACUUGCAUUUCUAUCCGCAGCAAAUCCGCGCUCAGAUUUUUAUCUUUUCCAGCGGCAGCUGUAAAGGAUAUUUCAUCCGAUUUCAUUGG